AUGAUGGAUUAUUCAAAUUAUGCCGGUCAUCAAUCCCAGCCCUACUCGCUCUACGGGCUGCCCACCCCCGACCAACAGCCGCAGUCACAAAGUGACGACACGCUCCGCGACCCCUUCACAUUAGAUGCAUAUAACAACCAGUACUUCCCUGGGUUCGACCCCUCGUUCCGCCUCGACCCCUCCUCCUCGCUCGUCCCGCCACCGCAUUCACCGCCAGACUCGUUCACCAAGCACUCAGUGUCGAGCAACGAUGUGAACCAUACCAAGACGGACCGCACUUCAAUCGAUGGCGAUGAGCGUCACUAUACCGAUCCCGCGGGACACAGCAGCAGCGAAGAGAAGGAUAAUAUGACGCCAGUGCAGAGUAAGCGCAAAGCGCAAAAUCGGGCUGCUCAACGAGCAUUCCGCGAGCGCAAAGAACGCCACGUCCGCGAUCUCGAAGACAAAGUGAAUGGCCUCGUGGAAGCAUCAAACACCCUACAAGCCGACAACGAGCGCCUGAAACGCGAACUGGCUAGAUAUACCACCGAGAAUGAGAUCCUGCGUGCUACAUCACAGUCUAACUCUACUCCGCAAGAACAGCCUGAACCAACCGUCACUGGGCCAAUGAAGUACUCUCCCACAGAUUUCUAUGCAAGUCUGAUGACAGAGGGAACAGUCUCUUCGGGCUCUGGCGUCACCGUCCCCGGGCCGAGCAGCCCACACCGUGUUACUGUGUGCCAAAUCACAGGCGAGAAGCUACUCGACGCUGGCGGUACGUGGGAUCUCAUUCAGAGCCACGAGCUGUUUAAACGUGGGCAGGUCGAUAUUGGUGAUGUCUCGGAGCGGCUCAAGGGGUUGGCGCAGUGUAAUGGACAGGGCCCUGCUUUCAAGGAGAGUGAAAUUCGGAGGGCUAUUGAGGAGAGUGUUGCGGACCGUGAUGAGCUGAUCUGA